GCAUGGAAGGAGGACAGUAUUAUUCACAUUAUUAACAUUUCCUGUUACACUUCCUCUUAUCAUACAUGUCAUGUUAACUCAGUUAGGGUAUCUAUUGCCUUGCUGAAAUCAAAGCUUCACCUUCAGCAUGUCACAACCUGUUAUUUUGUCUGGUCAAGUUUAUUUUCAUUCUUUUUCACAUUACUGUCUUAUUGGAAGCUGUUGAGGAUCGUUUGAUGUUUCUUUCGUGGAACAACCAGGUUUUAUUUCUUCAAAAAGGAACCGAUACAGAAUAGAAAAAAAGCUGAAUCUUUGUGGAAAUCACCGUCUGUUUAUAAGUGAAAGUAUCGACCUCUGUGCUCCAUGUCUGCUUCAACUAGAACCUCACAUCUCAAGAUUUCUUCAGUGAGUUCUUCUGCUGGUGACACGGUCACUCUACACUGUAAACUCUCUCCUGAAAUCAGUGGAGGUACCAGAGAGAUCAGGUGGUUUAAGGAGACAGAAUGUAUUCACCAGCAGUCCUAUGAGGACAGAAGGACAUUAGGGUGUAUGUGUAUGAGAUUUGGGAGAAAAGUGUCUCUGACGCUGAGAGAUGUUAAAGUCAUGGAUUCUGGACAGUACAGGUGUGAAGCUCAUGGAGAGAGGAAAGAAGAAGUUGCGGUUAUUUACCUGCAUGUUGCAGGGCUUAAACUGGUCUCCAGAUCCCAUGGUUUUGGUAAGCUUAUUCCUGGUGAUGAUGUCACUCUGUUCUGUCACCUCUCUCCUAAAAAGAGUGCUGUUGCCAUGGAGAUCAGGUGGUUUAAGGGGACAGACUGUAUUUGUCUGUAUCAGAACGGGCAGGUGAAAGAGGGAAAGGGCUAUGAGGGCAGAUUGGGUCUGUUCACCCACGAGCUGAGGAAAGGAGACGUGUCUCUGAUUCUGAGGAACCUUCAGGUGUCAGAUGGAGGACGGUACAAGUGUCAAGUUGCCCACGGAGGAGAUGAGGUGGAAAAUGAGAAUUUCCUGCAUGUAUCAGAGUUGAAACUGACUGUCCAGCCGAAGUACUACUUUAGAUUCAGCAUGACUGAAACACCUAUUGCCCAACCUUACACCAUUUAUGCCUGUGCUGGUGAUGAUGUCAUUCUGUCCUGUCACCUCUCUCCUAAAAUGAAUGCUGUUGCCAUGGAGAUCAGGUGGUUUAAGGGGACAGACUGUAUUUGUCUGUAUCAGAAAGGGAAGGUGAAAGAGGGGAAGGACUACGAGGGCAGAGUGAGUCUGUUCACCCACGAGCUGGAGGAAGGAAACGUGUCUCUGAUGCUGAGGGAAGUUCAGCAGUCAGAUGGUGGAGAGUACAAGUGUGAGGUGACUCGUCGAAAAUACAAGCUGGAAAACAGUGGAGUUAACCUGCAUAUUUCAGAAUUCAAGCUGGUCCACAGAUCUGAAGAUGUUGGAAAGCCCUCUGUGUCAGUGUAUGGAGCUCGUAUGGUGAAUGUGGCUAGUGGUUGUGAUGCCAUUCUGCCCUGUUACCUCUCUCCUAAAAAGAGUGCUGUUGCCAUGGAGAUCAGGUGGUUUAAGGGGACAGACUGUAUUUGUCUGUAUCAGAACAGGCAGGUGAAAGAGGGAAAGGGCUACGAGGGCAGAGUGAGGCUGUGCACCCACAAUCUGAGGAAAGGAGACGUGUCUCUGAUUCUGAGGAAUUUUCUUGAGUCACGAGAUGAGGGGCUGUACAAGUGUGAAGUCACGUGUGGAGAUGAAAAGGUGGAAACGUCAGUUUACUUUUACAAUCCUCGUGAGAGUGAAUGUUGUAAGUAUUACAAUACAUUACUGAUCCUUUUUGAUUUGACUGAUUUUGGGACCAGGGAUCACUGACAUUUCAUUUUAUUAUUAAAUCAGAAGAAAAAUAAUCCUGCAUUCGUGCAGCAUUUCUGAUGUGAAAAGAUUCACCAUCACAAACACACAAAACCAUAAAUUAAUGAAUUUCCUUUGGAUUUACAGAUGAAAUAGAAAUAAAAAAGAGAAGUGUCACAAAAACAAGAAACAGAAAAUUAAGUGACCUUCGACCCAGAAAACCAGGAAGCCGAUGGAGUAAUCCGUUAGAUUUUCCAAACAUGUGAAGACAGAGCGCAGGACAGAGAAUAGAAGAGGAUCACAGUAACGGACAUUAGAGAGCAUUUACACACACAGGGAAACGAUCAUUCUGUUUAUAUAUAUAUAUAUAUAUAUAUAUAUAUAUAACUAGCCUAGCGUCCUGUCUAGAUUAGUGUUGUUAUUGUCAGUAAUGAGGAUGAACUACAGAUUGGUGGAACUCUGGCGACAAGGAGGUUGUUUGUCUUCGCUGUAGCUUUUGGAGGCAGAAAAUGGAGAGAAUUUGAGCUGCUCAUGUGAUGUGACUGUAUGCAGAUACAGUUAUAGAAGGACGUCGCAUCAUGUCCCGGUCAAUGUCCCAAAAAUACACAGGCUGUUAUUUUAUAGUUAUAACAACGGAGAAAUAUUUUCCAUUCAGCAUGGUGUAACAUGUCUCCUCAUACUGACUCACAAACCAGACUUGCUUUUUACCAGAACUUUGCCCUUUUUUGUUGCUUAAUAAAGGGAAGUGAUAGCUCAGAGGUUAAGACGUUGGACUUCUGAUCGGAAGUGUGUGAGUUCAAAUCCCAGCUCAAAUCUCGAGCUGCCACUGUUGGGCCCUUGAGCAAGACCCUGAAACCUCAACUGCUCAGAUGUAUAAAUGAGAUAAUUGUAAGUCGCUCUGGAUAAGGGCGUCUGCUAAAUGCUGUACUGUAAUGUAAUGUAAUGAUUGUUCAGCUCAGCUCUUUUCUGAAAAGUGAAAGUAAAAUCUCCUGCAUUCCUCCUGCCCCGCCUUCACUUCCUGUACGAUGACACGUAUAAUGUCUGCUGGAGAUGAAGGAAAAACAAAGUGUGAAAGCAGCUGAAAUAUGAAUCUGGACUGUUGUCUGUGCUCUUCUGAGAGCAUUUGAACAUCAUUAGCUACAUUUACAUGCAGUCUAAUAAUCUGUUAAUAAUCUGAUUGUGAGCUGGAUCAGGAUGAGGACGUUCAUGUACACACUUCAAUCAGAGUAGAGUAAACCGUUUGAUUAAAUCUCGAUCUGCUUGAACGAGAUGGAUAAUGCUUUUAAUCAUCUGUUAAUUAAUUAGAAGAGUACGAGCUGUGUAAACGCUUGUGUCUGCUACGUGUCACCACGUCUUCCUGGUGCUGUAAAAAGUUGCGUAAGAAAGCAGCGCUCCUGCUACAGAGUAAUGUCUCUGCACAUCUGUACACAGUGUGUGAUGAGGAGAAGGAGAAGCUGGUUGUGAGGAUGCACACCUGCACUGAUUCGUCUAAUCAUUGCGGGGGGUCUGAGAGACAGACAGAGACACACGUGCUUUAUGUUUGGCUUACGUUUGUGUGUUGUACCUUAUGUUUGUGUUCUGUUGAUUAUUAAAGUUUAUAUUUAUGUUCA